AUGGCUUCCUUUCGUGCUCGCCGCGUCUUACUAUUCGCGUUCCUCGGGGCGGCUCUUGUGGCGAUUGCCGACGCACAGAGAUCUGUCACCAUCUAUGCCAAGAUGAAUAGCGGCAACGAGGAAACGGAGGAGGAAGAGACGGAGGAGGAAACGGAGGAGGAGGAAGAGACGGAGGAGGAAACGGAGGAGGUGGAAGAGACGGAGGAGGAAACGGAGGAGGAGGAAGAGACGGAGGAGGAAACGGAGGAGGAGGAAGAGACGGAGGAGGAAACGGAGGAGGAAGAGACGGAGGAUGAAACGGAGGAGGAGGAAGUGACGGAGGAGGAAACGGAGGAGGAGGAAGAGUCGGAGGAGGAAACGGAGGAGGAGGAAGAGACGGAGGAGGAAACGGAGGAGGAGGAAGAGACGGUGCCAUUGGCACUGGAGAAAGAGAGGACGGCGCUGUUGAAUGCUGCUGCUGUUGGUACUGGAGUGAGGAGCAGCAAUGAUGGCACUUGCAAUGGUUGA